UUAUACUUCCUUGACACCCGGUUCGAUCCUGAGACUGCAAAGCACAUAAACAUAAAGGAACAAAUUGAGAAGGCAUCUGUGCCAAACCCGGAGGAGUACAUCUCUAUAGACGAGGUUUUGGCUACAGCGGAAAUCAAAAACUCUGUGACUGGCGAAACAACAUCCGUGUUUGACCCUCCCUACGCCAGGGUGCUGUUUGCAAGGGCAAUUAACAGGCACAAUCCUGAGCUUAAAUUACCUGUGCAUGAGCCCGCCGGCGAUUGGGUAGUGACCUACAAGCUGGAUAAAACCCUUACAAAGCGGGCUGAUAAGUGCCAUUCUCAAUCGGGUGUUUGA